AAAACUUUUUUACUCUAUAUUGACAAUAUUUCAGGAAUCUAAAAAAUGUGGACAUAUUCUUUGACUGCUAAUAUUAUAAAAAAGAAAAGAAGAGAUGAUCUUGAUUCCAGAAUGGUGUGCCUCAUGCCUUAAGCAGCUACAAAAUGCCUUCAAGGGCAAGUCAGGUGCGUCCACAGGUGCACCGGCACAGCCUCUACACCCUGACAGACAGCUCAGAAUGUGGUUCAGAGAAAGAAGAUGUGGACCCUUCCCUUCACCUGACACCCCUAGAAAAAUUAACACUAGAAAUGUGCAAUAAUGAGAAUGUCAUAAAAGAACUGACUGUGGGCAGGCGGGUGGGCUUCUACAAAGUCCGCGGUCAGAUAGGAUGUGGAAACUUUUCGAAAGUCAAACUGGCCCUCCACGCCCUUACCAAAGACAAGGUUGCUCUUAAGGUCUUGGAUAAGAUGAGGCUUGAUCUGCAGACCCAGAAGAUGCUGAGCAGAGAGAUAUCCAACAUGGAGAACUUGUAUCACCCAAACUUACUGCAACUCUAUGAGGUUUUGGAGACUCCAAGUCGGUUGUACCUGGUUCUGGAGUUUGCGGAGGAAGGGGACCUUCACACCAGAAUCAGCACAGCAGGAAAACUCUGUGACCAAGAAAGCAAGAUUAUAUUUGCACAAAUUCUGUCAGCAGUCAAAUACAUGCACGAGAACAACAUCAUUCAUCGAGAUUUGAAGGCUGAAAAUGUUCUUUUUACCAGCAACACAUGCGUAAAGGUGGCCGACCUCGGCUUCAGCACAAGGGUCAAUAAUCGUAACCAAGCCUUAGAUACAUUUUGUGGUUCUCCUCCUUACGCCGCUCCCGAGCUUUUUAAAGAUGAGUCUUACAUCGGGCCACCUGUGGAUGUAUGGGCUAUGGGCAUCCUAUUGUUUUUCAUGGUGACUGGCACCUUGCCUUUCCGUGCUGACACUAUGCCCAGAUUGAGGCGUGCCAUCCUUGAGGGAGCCUACGUCCUGCCGACCUGUGUAUCAGCUCCUUGUCAGAGGUUGAUCCGGGGCAUCCUGAAGCCAGAGCCUUCUGAAAGAUGUGCGCUGGACCAGAUGCUCGGCUGUGAAUGGCUGCUGCCAGUGGAAUUAUUCCGACCUGUUCCUCCCUUAUACCAGCUCAAUCCCAUCCAUCUCCUAGAGGGGGAGCUAGACAGAGACCAGGUGGAGGUAAAAGCUAUUAUGGAAAAACUGGGAAUCACUCAGCAACUUAUUCUUAAUAACCAAGGAAAGAGAAUUCGCAGUCCUAUUACAGGAGUUUAUCGUGUAUUGCUACACAGAGUUCGAAAAAGCAGGGGGGCCGAGUCUGCACCAACAAUUAGUGGUGUUGUCAAAGAUCCUAAAAGAGACAGCCUGCGUGUUUACAGGAAUCUACGGCACUCUUCAAAACUAUGUGUUCUUUCUUAAUCAGCUUAUCUUUGUGGGACUUUCUUUUUUCACAGACAAUUUAAUGCUAAAGCGCACCUAUUUCAUUGCUAAAAAACAACGUUAUUUUGUGUAAUUGGUAUAAUACAAUGUGUUUGUGUGGUUUAUGGUUAAAAACAGACUAUUUUCCACAUAUCAUACAUUUUUUGUAGCUCCAGAUUUUACUCUCUUGUAACGCACGGAUUUGAAAAGCUCUGUGUCUCUGAUUGGCCAACUAAUCUGUACGUUGUGAUUGGCCUGAAUACCUUUGACGUCAGCAGGAAACGUGAUGCUCCUUACCACGUUUGAAAGAUUCGGUUGCUAACAGAAGUUAACUUACAGGCUAUGGGUCCGAAGCGGGAGGAUUUAUGAUAAUGACGGUCUUGUCUACAUCACCAAUCCCAGGAAGUUAACUGUUGCCUACAAUCUGUGUGUUUGUUGUAGUCCAAAAAUAUUUAUGUUGGAGACAAUAACUCGCGUCAUUGUCUACUUUGGGGUUUGUACCUUUUGCAUAUUGUUAACAUGUGCUAAUACACACUUACACACCAAAGUAAAUUUAAAAACAUGAAUCGGACCAUCUUAAACGUGUUAUAUUAUUGCAUUUAGCAGACGCUUUUAUCCAAAGCGACUUAUAGACGAUUUCAGCAGUAACAACAUAAACAAGCGGCUGUCGCGGUCCGCACGUAACUUCCAGUAAACUCUGCUGAAAAUAAAUAACAACAAAGUUCUUUAAACGUAGUUUAUUUAUAUAACAAGCAAAAAAAAAAAACAUAGAUUUCUAGGAAACCAAAACAUUUGUUAUUUUCGAUGAGGCAUUUGUUCAAGAGAUCAGUUUAGCAACUAGUCAGACCAUUAAAAAAAAACGAAACCGGAAGUAAAGUUCUGAUCCAGACGUGUAUUGCGUCAGAUGAAACCGUCUAUAGUGCAUAACAAAGCAUACAUUUUACCAACAUGUGUUUCUUGGGUUCGAACCCAUGACCUUUUGAGUUGCUAACGCAAUACUCUACCACUGAGGUAUGCAGGAGCACCUUGUAUAAUGUGUUAUUAUUACUAGUCAGUCCUUUAAGAAAUUCAUUUAAGAAUUAAAUUCUGUGGUGAGUUGUAAGACUAGUGUACCUACAUCAUGGGUCUUUUACAGGGGGUCAGGGGACCCUUGGGGGUCCGUUGUGAUAUUCCUGGGGGUCUUCCAAAUAUGGUUUUAAUACAAAAGGUUUUUUUUAUUUUAAAUUAGAUUAUGCAUGUAUUAAAUAUAAAAAAUGUAUUAUGUAAUGAUUUUUUAAAAAUAAUUAUUUAAUAAAAAAUUCAAACUUAGAAUGAAGAGUAGAGUGUUUUCACAAUAAAAUAUUCGACAUUAAAUUAAAUUAAAAUGUUAUCACUGUAAAAAAAACAAUUGUUGUUGCACUUAAAUGUUCAAAGUUUAGUCAACUUGAAUUUUAAUCAAUUUAAAAUUAAUAAAUUCAACUUCUUUUUAGUGAAGAAUUGCUAUAAAUUAUAAAAAUUAAGUUUAAGUAGCUUAUUAACUCACUAGUCAAAAAAGUUGAAAUUAAUUGUAAUUUUAAAUGGAUUAAACUUAAACAUUUAAGUUCAACAAGGAAUUUUUACAGUAUGACAAAAAGUAUUAUUUUAUUGUCUUUAUUUCAUAAAUGUACUGGGGGUUCCUGCUCAUCAGGGUCCUUGGCUUAAAAAAGAUUGAAGACCUCUGUGGUACAUUUUAACAAAAAGACAUUCUUAUUGUGUUCACAGUAUACUUUAUAUUUUCCUAUAUAUAUUUUUUAAAAGCGUAAGUUUUAUAAUCAUUAUGUAAUAUGUAAGUGUAAAUAUUUGAGUUUUAUCAUAUCCACCAGCUGUUUUAUAUUUUUGUAAAUAAAAUAUCUAACAUUUGCCUACUCUUUAUUUAAAUCCAUGCUCUUGCCUAACACAGCUUGCCCCACUUUCCUCUACAAACUUUUCACUCAGUAGGCAUACAUAAUCAGUUUCCAGCCUCUGUGCGUUUUCAUUAAGGCCCUCUGUCAACGAUGCGAGCUGCAGCAAUCCGUGCAGAAGCCACAGGCGGUUUGUAACAAUACAGCAACUGACAGGGAGCAAUACGAGUGGCAGCCCAACACUCACCGCCUUCACCUCCCAUCUGCGCAGCCUGGCAGAUGGAGCAGCGUCGUAGCUCAGACAUCUGCCGGGGGAACAAUGACUUCCUUGUGCUGGGGCCCCCAAUUUAACGGGACAGCGCGUUACCAUUGUGUUGUAGCUAUACACAUGCAGAUCAGUGAUGGCUGCAGAUGGCAGCUGACACUAUGUGCUGCCCCCAUUGAGAUACUUUAG